AUGCCUCCACCAUGUGCCAUGGAAACAUGCAAAUGUAAAUCACGAGUAUUAUGUCAUUGUUGGAACAAGAAUCUUUGUUCUGAUCAUUUGAAAGAACAUGAUGAUUUAAUCAAUUCUCAAGUAAAUUCUCUUGUGGAUGAGAUUAAUACUCUUGAUAACCAAUUGUCAGUAUUAAAUGUUGAUGAAGUUAUUGGUAAAUGUCGUCAAAAAUCAGAUAAAUGGCGUCAUGAUUGUCAUAUGGUACUCGAUCGUUUUUAUGAAGAAAACUGUCAAGAACUUCAACAAUGUUGUAUUCAACAAGUUAAUCACAAACGAAAAAAAAUUCAUCAAUUGAAAUUAAAAAUAAACGAACUUAUACAAGAACAAGAAGUUACAAAUGAUGAUAUUUUUUCAUUGAAAACAACUAUUAAUGAUAUCAAACGUGAUGUUAACCAAUUUGAAGAGCAUGGCAUUUUAGUUGAUGUUUAUCCUUUAA